UUAACCUAGAGACUUUUUCGAUAUGACAUCUUUCACGUGGCUUCGACAGAACCUACGUGUUUUUGAAUACUUACAAGGUUAAGUGUGUGUCAUGUAUUGAUUAUUAACUAGAUAUUAAUUACUUGGAUGUAUUAAAUAUCUUUUGCAUUACAAUUUAUCAACAAAAUGACGACUAAGAAAACUAAAGUAGCAACAAAAGGGGCAAAACAGAUAGUAGAAGAAAAUGUAACAACAUUGACCUUCUAUCAGAAUAUGAUAAUUGGAGCAAUAGGAAUAUAUUUUACUGUUAUGAUGUUGCUCUUUAACUUUACAACAUUAUCAAUAACGUUAACCAUAUUUUCUGGAAUUGUAUAUAUAGGAAGUUAUCAAUUUAUGAAAUACAUAGCACAUGCAACAUAUGCAGAAUCUGGACAACUUUUAGAUUCUGGAAUUGAUCUUAACAUGGAAGGAGGUAUAGCAGAACAUGUAAAAGAUUUAAUUAUAUUAACUUCAGGAGUACAAGUACUCUCUCUUAUAUCAAAUUAUUUUUGGUUGUUAUGGCUUCUUGUACCAUUGAGAGGAGGUUGGAUGGUAUGGAAACAAAUAUUAGCUCCAUGGUUUUUUGCUCCUGCUCCAGAACAACCUGAGAUUAGUGAGAAGAAACAACGGAAAUUGGAAAAAAAAAUGGCUAGACGGCACUAGUAUUUUGAUCACAUAAUAGUGCAUUCUGAAUCAAUAUUUAAGAAUUUCAUGGGUGUGGGAUAGAGUUGAGCAAGAUUAUGGAAGAAAACUACCUACUACAUGACUUUUGUUUCAGCUUACAUUGUUUCAUAUGCUAUUUAU